AUGAGCCUGGGAAGGAGCGCGCGUGAGUCAUCGCACGCGGGCAUGGACGGCCACAGCCUGUCCCUAGCUGCGCCGCUCAAGAAGGCCCGGCCUAGUCAUGCCGCUAUCGAGAAGGAGCGAAGGGACCGUCUCAAUGGCCUAAUCGAGGACCUGCGCGAGCUCGUCCCUCCGACGGGCUCCCUCCCUGGCGUCGACGUCGUCGACAAGCGGCCCAAGAGCCACGUCCUCAAGGACACCAUCGACCUCCUCCGACGAAUCACGCCGCGCCUCGCCGAGCUCGAGGCCGCGGAGGCCCGCGCGAGCGCCUCACCUCGCACACACUCCAGGGGCGCGAACGCGCCCGCGGGCAACCGCGCGGGUGCGGACGGCCUCCCCUCGUGGGCUGCGAGGGGCGGCGCGGGCGCAGCGCGCGACGGAGGGGGCGCGAACGGCGGCGAAGGCGGGCUCGGAGCGCGGGACUGGGUCCCGCCGGACUCGUCCGCGCAGCCCUCGAACCAAAUCGACGCGUUCGCGGCGUCCGCGGCCGCGCACCUCGCCCGCAGCGGGCCGCAGCAUGCCGGUGCUGCGUCAGGGGGGCAGCCGGCGACGUCGGCGGCGGUCGCGGCCUGGGCGCGCGCGGGGCAGGCGGGCGUCGACUGGGACGCGCUGCGCGCGUCAGGCCUGCUCGAUCAGCACGCGCCGUUCGGAGCCACAUCGCCCGGGUCGCAGGGACAGCCUGGCCCUCCGGCACUGCAUCCGAACGCGGUGUCGCUGAUGCUGUCGCACGGAAUGCAGAGCGUCGAUGCGUCCCGCGGGCUCGCGCUCCCGAUGAUGUACGGGACAGAUGCGGCGAAGCCUUCCCCGGGCGGCGGCGAUGCGCAGAACGCCAUCGCUGCUGCGAUCGCCGCGGCGGCCGCGGGGCACUUCCCGCAGCAGCAGAGCGUCGGGCAGGGGACCGCGUCGAUGGCGGGGCAGGCGCAGAUAGACCAAGCGAUGCACCUGCUCCACCACUUGCAACAACAGCAGCAGCAACAUGGGGCCGGGCAGCGCGGGAAUGCGGGUCCGUCGCUCGAGGAACUCGAAACGGCGGAGCUGCUGCAAAGCGGUCAGCUCGGCAACGGCGCGGGAAGCACCAAGUAG